GUUGAUUCCUGUAGGCCAUGUUUGUCAUUGCAAUAAUGAGAAAAGUAGUGUGAAAUAAAAGCUUAACAUUAACAAGACAUGUACCGCACGGGCAGGCCCACCUAGCUUAGCUUAACCAACGCCCUUCCCAUAAAUACCACACAACAACCCCUCAAACACACCCUCUCAAUGGAGACUGGUGGUGGACGCGAUUCUGGCAUGAGUUCUGAGACUAUCAAUUCCUCCACUCAAAGAACUUCAAUGAGCAACGAGAGCGUUUGCAGCACCAGCUUCAGCCGUCUCUCCUUCGAUCUCCCUCCUCCUUCUUCUUCCCCUGAGACCCUCUUCGUCAAACCCCACCGCUCCUCCGACUUCGCCUACUCCGCCAUCCUCCGCCGCAAGUCCGCCCUCACCUUCCGCGACUUCCACCUCCUCCGCCGCAUCGGCGCCGGCGACAUCGGCACCGUCUACCUCUGCCGUCUCCGCCACGACGCCGGCGACGAGGACGACGACGAGGACCCCUGUUUCUACGCGAUGAAGGUGGUGGACAAGGAGGCGGUGGCGCUGAAGAAGAAGGCGCAGAGAGCGGAGAUGGAGAGGAAGAUUCUGAAGAUGGUGGACCAUCCGUUCCUCCCUACGCUCUACGCGGAGUUCGAGGCUUCGAAUUUCUCAUGCAUUGUGAUGGAGUAUUGCUCCGGUGGGGACUUGCACUCCCUUCAACACAACCACCCCAAUAACCGAUUCUCUCUCUCCUCUGCCAGGUUUUACGCGGCUGAAGUACUGGUUGCGUUGGAGUAUCUCCACAUGCUGGGAAUCAUCUACAGGGAUCUGAAGCCCGAAAACGUGUUGGUCAGAUCAGACGGUCACAUCAUGCUUUCCGACUUCGAUCUCUCUCUAUGCUCCGAUGCUAUCCCAGCCGUUGAAUCCCCUGACUGUUCACUGGACCCCGCAUUCGCACCCGCGUUACGCUACACUCGCCAGUACUCCACCCCCUUCUCCUGCCUCUCGAACCGCGUAUUCCGGUCCAGGAAGGUCCAGACCCUCCAACCCAACCGCCUCUUCGUGGCCGAACCGGUCGGGGCCCGCUCGUGCUCCUUCGUUGGGACCCACGAGUACGUGUCGCCGGAAGUGGCCUCCGGGAACUCACACGGCAAUGCCGUCGACUGGUGGUCCUUCGGGAUAUUCAUCUACGAGAUGGUGUACGGUCGAACACCCUUCGCGGGAUCAUCGAACGAGGCUACGCUGCGAAGCAUCAUCAAAAAGCCCCUCGCAUUUCCCACCUCCACGCCCUCCAGUACGCUUGAAAUGCACGCGCGGGACCUCAUAUCAGGGUUGCUCAACAAGGACCCGAACCGCAGGCUCGGGUCCAAACGAGGCUCUGCGGACGUCAAAAAACACCCCUUCUUCGCGGGGCUCAAUCUCGCGCUCAUCCGGACGGUCACGCCGCCGGAGGUUCCAUCACUCAGAAGGAAUAAAACGACGCCGUUUUACUACCCCGCCAACGAUAACGGCAACGUAAAUAACAGUAGACAGCAGCUAACGGCGUUUGAUUACUUUUGAUUAAAAUCCGACGAUGGUCGCCCCCUGCGCCACGCCACGUGUUCAGUCGGUGCCCCCCAGUUUUAUAAUUGGCGGAUGGGUGACUUAUGUGUAUAUUUUUUAGUUGUCCUUUCUUUUUUGUAACCCUUUUUUUUAAUAUAAAAUAACAUAGUUUGAUACUUACGUACAUUCAAGUU